AUGCUCUGCGCGCUCCCUCUUUUCACCCUCGCAAGUGUCGCUGCGGGACUCGCCGCCCAUGGUGCACAACCUAAACAUGGCCAAGCGAAGCACCAUGUGCUAGUGGGCAAUUUCGGAAGCGAGUACAACGUCACACUCAUGCUGGACGGCACACAGGAUGUCGGGCUUGGAUUCCUCUACGCGCUCGAAAUUGACACGGAGAAGAAGAGUUUGGAGCUGGUCAAGACCUCCCCCGCUGCUGCCGCCCACCCGUGGCUGUCUGUCAACCGCAAAGCGGGGGUCGUCUACGGCUCAGGCUGGUCGAAGCCCGUCAACGGAACGAGGACAUUUAGCUCUUACGCCAUCCAGCCCGACUAUUCCGUGUCGCUGCUCAACACCGUCGUUUCCUGUGGCACGAAACCGAUCGCCAACGACUUCGUCCCUGAAGCAGGAGAGCAUGGCGUCCUCUACGGGCUGGAUUUUGUGAAUCCGUGUGGUGAGGCGUGGGCGGUGUCGAAAAACGGGGCAUUGGAGCGCCAGGUGCAGGCGCUGGGCUUUGAGGAAGGGUCGACGCUGCAUGGGUUCGUGACGACACCGGAUUUGAAGUACAUGUACAUCAUGAACUUGGGCGGCAACAACGUCCACGGAUACUCUCUCUUCCUCUCGAACGGCACACUGUCCUCACUCGCGCUCUACCCGCCCUCCGAAGUCGCAGCUGGCCCACGCCACGCCGUCAUCUCUCCGUCAGGCGCCUACCUCUACCUGAUCGACGAAGAAGGCCUCAGAGUUGACCAGUUCGCCAUCUCUCAAUCAAGAGGCGCACUCGAAUUCACCUCGGUCUCGCUUGCUGUAACGCCCUUCGGCCUCGCGCCUGCCAACGCAAGUUUAUACUGGGGCGAUGAAAUCGUCAUCUCUUCUGAUGGUCGCACGCUCUAUGCCAGCACGCGCUCGCGUGUUGCUGGCCCAACCACACCAGGCUACAUCUCUGGCUGGGCGCUUGACGCAACGGGCGCGCUUGUGUCGCAGGACCCGCUGUUCGUCAAGGGCACCCCGGGCGCCGGCGGCACGAGCAAUAUUCUCAGCGUGUCGCCAUGGGGUGAUGCGAGCAAGGACAUGCUCGUUCUCACAGACCAAGACCAGGACUUUGUCGCGCUGUAUGAGCUGCAGGGAAGGGAACUUGUGCUUCUCGACCGCGUCAAGUAUGUAGCAGUUUUUCUGAGUCCCCUCGCGGAUCCAGCGGCUUAUCGAUCUUUCGUAGUAUCACGGGCGUCAACUGCUGUUCGGGGUCAGUGUGGCUGGAUUGACCUGCAAAGAUGUACACGUGUCGAGGUUAAAACAAUGACCGGUUGUGUCGCCUUCCGGAUGCCGCCCGGCUCCCGAAUGCUGGAUUCUAAGAAGUCUCGGAAGGCCACGGCCAUCACCGCAUUGGUGUUAUCGCCAGCCUUAUGA